CCGAACUUCUCAUAGUAUCAUAAUAAUGGACCAAUCCAAUAAUGAACCAGAGUUGCCAGACUGGUUAGACCCGAAUAUGUUUGUAGAAUUUCUGCAACGCGACUUUAAAGACUUUAAGACCAUAAGACAAUUUGAGGUAGAACAAACCUGUGGCAAAGGCGAGAACUUUACAACUUUGGUAUUACGUGUGAAGAUUCUUGUGGAACUAAAAGAUGAUAGCCAAAAGGCGACUUCAUACAUUGUGAAGUUGCUGCCAACGACUUUGAGUACCCGCGAUAUGAUUUCCAGCUGGAAGGUUUUUGAUAAGGAGAAGCUUUCUUAUAGCAGCUAUGUGCCAGAUUUCGAGCAAAUGUAUGAAAAGGUCAAUAAAAAGAUCUCUUUCGGAGCCAAGUAUUAUGAACCGAGCAGCCCAAUAGCUGACGAGCUGAUCGUCCUGGAAGAUCUGGGCAAUCGAGGCUUUAAGAAUGCCAAUCGUCAAAAGGGUCUAGAUAUGAAUCAUACCAAACGAGUGUUGGAGAAAUUAGCUCAAUUUCAUGCUGCAUCGGCAGUACGUUAUGAACUAAAGGGUCCUUAUCCGGACCUCUACGAUCGAAGUCUUUGCAGUGAUGAAGACAAAUUUCAAGAGUUCCGCGAAACUCAAGCCAAGUCCCUCAUCAAGGCGUUGCCUCACUAUAAGGCUGCACAUUUAGAGAGCGCAUUGAAAAACUAUACCUCAUUGGCGCCCGAUAUGUACCAGGCAUUUGCUCUCAAAUUUGAGAAUGAGUUCCGUUGCCUCAACCACGGUGAUUUUUAUUGUAAUAAUAUAAUGUUUCAAUAUGAUGCGAAUGGAGAGAUUGCAGAAACAUAUUUUAUAGAUCUGCAAAUGAGUCGUUACUGCUCGCCAGCUCAAGAUCUGAUUUAUUUUCUACUUUCCUCCGUUUCCUACGAUCUGAAAUUAUCCAAGUUUGAUUAUUUCAUUCAUUAUUAUCAUAGCAAACUAAUUGAUAAUUUAACGCUAUUGCAAUAUCCAAAGCAACUUCCUAAGUUAAGGGAUCUACACUCAUCGAUAUUUAAUCAUGGAGACUGGGCUUAUCCAGUAAUUUCGCUUUUACUGCCGCUUGUCCUGAUCGAUCCCAACGACAAAUCCAACAUGGACACGCUAAUGGAUCAACAAGAUGAAGGCGAUCAGUUUCGGAACACAAUGUUCGAAAAUCCACGCGUUAUUCAACAUUAUACGCAUAUUCUGCCUUGGGCUUACAAUCGCGGAUUGUUUGAAUAUAAAAAACAUAUGAAAUAAA